UCUUUCUUUCAAUCUCUCUUUAUGAUUUGUUUACAACACCUGUUAGGUAAAUAUCAAGCACAGAACUAUUAAAAAAGAAUCAAGUACACACUUCCUGCCUUCCAUCACUUCAGACGACAGUCAUGUUCUCGAAGCUACUUCUUGUAGCGUCUAUUUUAGUGACUCGAGUCAAAGCAUCUCAAGAAACUGAUGUUUGCCCUCCAGGCCUAGCCAGAGACCAGUACCUCCAGGUCAGGGGGGACAUCUGCUAUGAGUUCGUGCUGUACAGGAGACACACCCACUCGCAGGCCAAGGCAGACUGUGAGAAGAACGCGGGCAUGCUGGCCUUGAUCAAAGACCAGGACACACAGAACUAUCUGUACGACCAACUCCUGAACACAUACAAUCGUCCGUUUGCGAUGGCGUGGAUAGGACUCAACGACAUCGUCCAAGAAAGCAGAUAUGUCUGGGAUGACGGAACCCUACCUGUGUACAGCCACUGGGCUGCUAGCGAGGGACCUAGUGCUACCCUGGACCACGGCUCUCACGACUGCGUGGUGCUGGACGUUGCCGCUGGUGGAAAAUGGCGCGAUGUCUUUUGCGAAAGAGAUACCUUCCUUGUCUUCUUUGACACAUAGGAGGCGCAUGUUUACAUCUGUCAGUAUCCAGUACAGACAGUGGCUACCACGACAGUGGCUACCACACAUCUGGACGGUGGUGUUCAGACCUCGACCACAGGAUUACAAAUAAUCACCUGUCCUGUCGUUGUUUGUCAGUUAGGUUGCGUCAAAGUGAGCAAUAUUACCUCGUGCCCUGAAUGUGUCUGUUAAAGAAAUGUUAUUUUAUAAUUAUAUUUUCUCUGAUAGA